GAGACGUUCAAAGGAGUCGCCGGCGGUGUCGUCACAGGUGCGCGACGGAGCGGAGGGUGGCGCUCCGGAGGCGUAGCUGCAGCCCGAGGGGAGCGAACCGGGUGGGCGGCUGAGGAAGCGCGGCGCGUCGACGACCACCAGCCAUCCUUAGCCGGUGAGUUCCGCUGCUGAGCCCGUCUCGGCCCUCAGGACACCUUUCCGGUUUCUAGAUCCGCGGCGAACACGUGUCUCCUGCGCGGCAAGUCUCUUCCGGGAAACGGUGAAUUUGUCGGAAGAGGAUCAAUCCUAACAGUCUCUGAAGAAAGAUACCGCUAUCUUGGAAGAAAUGGUGGUUUUCACGUGUAACGCAUGUGGAGAGUCUGUGAAAAAGGGACAGGUUGAAAAGCAUGUAAUUGUGUGCCGCAAUUGCCAGUGCCUUUCUUGCAUGGAUUGUGGUAAAGAUUUCUGGGGUGAUGAUUAUAAAUGCCAUGUGAAGUGCCUAAGUGAAGACCAGAAAUAUGGUGGCAAGGGUUACGAAGCCAAAGCUCACAAAGGAGAUGUCAAACAGCAGGAAUGGAUUCAGAAGAUUCAUCAAGCGAUAAAGGAAACGAACAUUAACCCCAAAGUUCGAGAUAUUUUGGAGCAGAUGUAUACCUAUGACAACAUUCCAAGAAAAAAGGGCAAGUUUCAGAACUGGAUGUCCAACAGUUUGAAAAUACAUAGCACUGCACUGCAGGACCAGGUGUGGGACAUUUUUUCACAAGCUACCAGAAAGGAGACAGCUGAAAACCAGCCUGGAAACAGUGAAGUUAUGCCAACACCAUCAGAAGAUAACCAAGUAAAAAUGGAGAAACCUGCAAAGAAAAAGAAUAAAAGGGAUCAAAAGGAAGAGAGGAAAAACAUGAAAAAGGCAAAAGAAUUAAGGUUGCAAGUUCAGCCAGAGGACCUAGAUCUCAAAAAAAGUAAAAAGUCUAAGAAAGAAGAAAGGGAGAAUGAGAAUGGAAAUAUUUCCAAAAGGAAUGGCUUGAAGUUGGCAAAGCAGCAGCAAGCGGAUGUUUCAGCUGAACUGGAAAUGAAUGGAAACGGUGUCAAUACAAAAGAGGCAAGGAGCAAAGCAAAUGUGAAGAAACGCAAGCGUAACGUCUCUGAAGAUGUUGAUGAAUCUCCCAUCGCACAAAAAAGAAUGAACAAUUCAGAAACCGAAGAAAAUGAGGAUCAGCUUCAAGGUAAAUUCAGUUGGAAGGGAACUAUUAAAGCUGUUCUGAGGAAAGCACCUGACAAUGAACUGCCAAUGAAAAAGCUAAGGAAGAAGGUUUUAUCACAGUAUUAUGCAGUGGCAGUGUCUGCAGUGGAAUCUACCUGGUGACCACUGGAGACAGAGAACCAGCGCAUUGUUUCCCUCAGAUACUUGGAAGCUGCAACAGUGUUCUGUAACAAGGAAACCAGAGAGCAAAUAUUAAACUUAUUCACAGAAAGUUUGUAAAGGCUAUAUUGUUCUGUACAUCGAGCUGCAGUCACAGGUUACCAGAUCUCACAAUCAAUAUAUUCAAAAUUUAGCCCUUCUCCCAAUUAAAGCUUUCCCCCUGGGGGGGGGGGGAAUCCCACACGCACAGAACGAGUCUAAGUUUCUUUUCUGCUCUGUUGGCCAAGGAGAGCAGAUUAAAUUUCCCCUUAACAGGAAGUGUUACUUUAUAUUCAGGUUGAACAUUCAGCCAGGGAAGAAGACAUCUGCUGAGAAGCUUCUCUCCUUGCUCGUGUUAAGACAGUCAAACCAGCUUAAUCUUACAUGUGGAGAAAAUACGUUUUAAUCUUGAUAUUCUCUUUACGUUGACAUUGAAUAAAGAUCUCUGAAAAUUU